UGUUCCUUCUUUCCCUCAGACGCUUGUCCCGUUAUUCCUCAUUUUUAAGCAAUUCGAGCUCCGCCUUGUCUCUUCCCUCAUCCUUUCCAACUUACUGCUCCUCCUUCCACAAAACCAACGCCUCAAAGAAGAAGAAGAAGCAACACCAGAAACCUCAAAAAUGGUGAAGGAUCGGAAGAUCGGAGUGGCUCUCGAUUUCUCCAACAGCAGCAAAAAUGCUCUCAGAUGGGCCAUUGACAACUUGGCCGAUAAGGGUGACACUCUCUUCAUCAUCUACGUUAACCCCAAUUCACUCGAAGAAUCUGCCCAUCGCCUCUGGGCUGAAUCCGGUUCUCCUUUGAUUCCGUUGUCGGAAUUCCGAGAGCCUGAAGUUCUAAAGAAAUACGAUGUCAAAAUCGACAUCGAGGCCCUCGAUAUUCUCGACACUGGAGCUAGACAGAAAGAGAUUACGGUUGUGUCGAAGCUGUACUGGGGAGAUGCAAGGGAGAAGAUUGUUGAUGCAAUCGAAGAUCUGAAGCUGGAUUCUCUAGUAAUGGGAAGCAGAGGAUUAAGCACCAUUCGAAGGAUUCUUCUUGGAAGUGUUAGCAACUACGUGAUUACUCAUGCUCCUUGCCCUGUUACAGUCGUCAAGGAUUCAAACUUCCCGCAUCAUUAAGGCCUGAAAUCGGUGAUUACUGGGUUUUGUUCUUAAAUCGAGUGACCUUAUUUAUUAAACAUUACGCCUAAAUUACUGAACUCCUGAAAAUUCUAAAAAAUUCUGUUUGUGUCUUCGAAAAACCUUGGCUUCCCUGUUUGGAGGAUAAUAAAAUAUUUGAAGAAUAAUUUGAAUUUUGUCAUC